UUCACGUGUAACAGAUAACUUCAGGUCAAUAUACGUGUAAAAGUGUUUAUUUUUUACUAAAAUAAUUUUUGAUAUGAAAAAGAAAAGAGAUAGACACAUUAUAUUAUUUGAUCAUUGAUUUGACCGAGUAACCCGAAGAGUAGAGAUAAAUAAUAAAGUUAUUUUGUAUACCUACACAAGUUUGAAAUGCACAAAUAACCAUUUUUGUCAUUUAUAGUUUGUUCAAGUUGGUAAAUUCAAGUGAAUAAAGAAGUUAAUUUGAAGCUUUAAAAUGCGAGCAGUUUACGAUGGAUUGGUGUUUUUGCAAUUCUUAAGUAUUACUAACGCUGUUUGCGUACUGGAAUCAGAAUUUGGAUUUAUUUUGAACUGCAAUUUUAAAAAAUCUGGUCUUUUUCGAGUAAGAAAUUUGGGAGGAUUGAAAGCACAUAUUGGAUUAGGUUUCAGCUUUGGUGACGAACUUGGCUUAAGUGAAUCCUUAGGAAACUUAGAAGGAAACAGAAGGCGAGCAUUAAACUUUAAGACUGGUUACACUAACAGAAUUGGAAAUGUACCGCUUAAUAUUGAUGACACGCAAAAGAUGCCAUCCGCUUUAAAUAAAAUUCGAAAUUUCGGUCAAAAUCAAAACUUUUCAUCGAUGACAGAAGCCAUGCUUUUACCACUUUCUGUACCAACAUUUAGGCCGAUACCAACAAUAUCCAAAUCUAACAACCAGAGGUCUGAUGUACUUUCGACUUCAGGAAAUCUUGAAGGAACGUUUUUCGUUGGUAAUAUUUCACAAAACCAGGUAAUGAAUGCUCCAAAAGAAUAUUACCCAUCUGGAUACGAUAAGAACUUCGAUGACAACUUUAAAUCGAAAACAAAUCUUCCCUUGAAUGGAUUCACAUGUUCGGAGCAGAAAUACUUUCCUGGACUUUAUGCAAACAUUGAACUUGGUUGUAUGGUCUUCCAUGUAUGUGCAGUUACAGAAAAAGGAAUUGUGAUGAAAUCAUUCCUUUGUCCAGAAAGUACGUUGUUCGAUCAAUCUAUUUUGAAAUGCAACUGGUGGUUCUAUGUAGACUGUUACAACAGUAGUUAUGAUUCAAAUAUACCGGUUUCAAAGAGUUAUAAAAUUAUGAAGUCUCUUUCGACCUUACUUAAUGUUACAAAAAAUUAAGUUAUUCAGUUAUAUGUAUGCAAAAAUAUUAAGGAAAAAUACAAACUGAUUGGUUAUUUAAUAGUUUAAUAUUGUUAUAGUGGUUGUUAUGAAAGCAGUAAAUAAGUAUCAUAUAAGGUUAAAAGAGUAAAACAUUUACAAAACCAGUCAAUUAAAUUGAUUUGAAUAAAUAUUCGAAUAAAAUAAAUAAUAAAUAAUUAAUUAAUAUUUA